CUUCCCUCACUCAAGAUGGCGCUCGGCCUCUGUCGCCCAGCUGGCAGCCUCCACAGCCCCCUCCCCGCGCUGCCCUCACCCAACAUGGCGCCUACCGGCCCACCUCUAGCCGGCGCCCUCACCAAACAUGGCGGCUCCCCCUUAGUUUCUACCGUGCCCUCCCUUGGCUCGCCUCCGCGGCGCCUUCAGCGGCUUCACCCCGGUCGACGCAAAGAUGGCGGAAGCGAUUGCGGCCGUUUGAAUUCCAGCGAAGCCGCCAAAGCGGCGCACAAAGGAGCCGCGGCUGCGGCCGGCGGCGCCAUGGACUCGCUGCCGGGGGCAGACCCGACGCUGCCGGUGGCGUUUGAGGACAGCGCCUCCCAGCUGCCCGAUGUCUCCCGCGGGGACCCGCAGCUCGGCCCGGCCGGCAGCCGAGGGUUACCAGAUGUGGCAGAAGAUACGAUCUCACCAACUAGAGCUCGGACCAUGAAGGACUAUGAAAACCAAAUCACUGAUCUGAAAAAAGAGAACUUCAACCUGAAACUUCGUAUCUACUUCCUGGAAAUGCGAAUGCAGCAGAAGUUUGAUGGUCCCACGGAAGAAAUAUACAAAAUUAACAUUGAGCUGAAAGUUGAGAUAGAAAGUCUGAAGCGAGAUCUGCAGGAGAGAGAGAAACUGCUCAUCAAGGCCUCUAAGGCAGUUGAAAGCCUGGCCCAGGGUGGUGAUGUUGAAAUACAACGUGUGAAAGAGGAGGCACAAAAGAAGUUACAAGAAAUGGAGGAAAUCCUGACUGGCAGAAUAAACCUUCUGGAAGAGGAUCUUAAAGCUGCUCAAGAAGAGGCAGAAAAAGCCAUUGUGAUGACAGAGAAGGAGAAAGCUCUAAGAAUGGCUGCUGAGCAGAAACUUUCUUCAAUUCCAAAUGCCCCUGCAAAGGAUCUUCAUAUGAUUGCAGGAGCUGACAAAGACAGACUUAUAGAGCAACUGAAUCUGUCUUUGAAAAGUAAAGAAGCUAUAAUUCAACACCUUGAAGAGGAAAAGUCUCAGAGUGGAUCUUGUGAUGGGAACUUAUCAGCAGAAAAAAUCAGAGAACUUACCAUUGCUUUGAGGCAUGAAAAAGAUAGUGAGAUAGAGGCCGUUAGAAUGGAGCUUAAAAAUGAGAGAAAUUCUUUUGAAAAAAAAAUCCAGUCUCUUCAAGAAGAGCUGCAAGAGAGAGAAAACGAGCUUGCUGUUGAAAAGAAGAAUGGUUUGAAAAGGGAUAAAACCAUCCAAGGGCUAACUGUUGCAUUAAAAGCAAAGGAAAAAGAGAAUGAGGAACUUGGUUCUGAAAUUGAAGAUCUAAAUGCUUCACUGACUAAGGCAAGAGAGGCAACUCACAAAGCACACAUGCAAAAAUUCAAGGGUGCUGAGGAUUAUCAAGCUCUCUUGAUAGAAAAAGAGACCCUCUUAGCAGAGCUGCGUUCAGAAAACCUUACAAAGGAUGCUGAGAACCGUAAACUACAAAGGAGGAUUAAAAGGACUGAUCAAGAGCUAAAUGAUUUGAAUUUAGAAAGAGAGAAAAUGGAGAAAGAGCUGGAUGAAGCACAACUACAGAAGAGCAGAAGUGACAAAACUAUUAAUGACCUUAGAAAUCAACUAGAGAAAUUACACGGUGAAAUGACUGAGAAAGAAAAAGCAGCUGAACAUUACAAUAUUCUUUUGAGUGAAAGCAAUCAGAAGUUGCAGAGCCAAGAACUAGUUAUCAAGCAGCUGACAGACAGUGUCAAUCAAAAGGAUCUAUUGCUUCAGAACUUUGAUGAAACAAUUAAAGAAAAGAAUGGAGAAUUGCAGGAGCUGCUGCUGAAGAACAAGAGCCUUCUAAGAGCCAAUGAAGAACUUGAACUGAAAAAUGAGGGUUUAGUAAAGGAAAAAUGUGCUGUACAGUCACAGUCAAUCAUCAGGAUAGUCAGAGAGUUGGAGGAAAAGAAAGAAUCUGAAUAUGAAAAGCUGAUACUUGCUUUGAAAAAGGAACAAAAUAUUUAUUCUACACUGGUGAAGACCUUUAAGGAAUCUGAUAGUUUAAAUACCUUGCAAACGGAGCUAAACAACAUCUUCAUGUUACGCAAACAACUAGAAGAAGACAUUCUGGCUAAUCGGAAUCUACAGAAGAUCUUAGAAGAUCAGAUUAAGGACAUCAGAAACCGACAAGAUGAAACACUAUCUUUCUGUGGGGAUCAAACAUCCUAUAUGAGUAUUUGCUUAGGAGAGCAAGAUCAUUUAAACCUACAGAUAGACCAGCUGUCUCUUGAAGAACUUAAGAAAAAGGUUACUGAUCUUCUCUUGAUGGUUAAGGAUCUGCAGUCAAUUAAUCAAGAACUUAAGAAAAAACAGCUCGGACUCAGUACAACAGAUUCUCAAGGGAAGGAAGCACUAAAAAUAUUAAACCAGAUUAAGUUUCUUGAAACAACAGAAGAGCCUGUGAUGCAGACUGAAGAUGGUGACAAUGACAGGAGGAUGCAGAACAGUUCAUUUUAUGAGAGGGUCAGUCAGGUAUACCUUCAGCGUUCCAUGGAUUGUCCUUCCGAGGUGGAUAAACAGAUAACUCCAUCAAGCUAUUCAGAGAGUUUCUGCGAAGAUAGACAUUAUAGGAAUCCAAAUAAGCCUCAGUUUGAACAUGAUACAACUGGCAAACACUUUGGCAGAAUAGGGAUGAGUGAACAUGAAACAGAAGAGAUGAACUUGCUCACAUCUCUUUUAAGAGAAAAUAGAGCAUCUGUACUUGAAUCUACCAGACAAGAACAAAUGAAAAUUGUAAAUGAACUGUUAGAUCAUCUGAACACAACUGAGCAAGAAUGUUCAAGUGAAGAUAUAGAGAAAAAGGAUGAAAAAGAUCUUAGGCAAAUGAUUAUUCAACUAAGAGCUGAACUCAAACAUUUCAAGCAGGUCAAUAAAUUCUUAAAGCAGCAAGUAGAAUUGAAAUCAACUUUUGAUGGGAAAGAGAAGCUUUAUCCAGAUGCAACGCCACAGAUUAAUAAGGAUAUUGAGUUGCUGAAAGUGGAAUUGAAAGAUGCAGCUACACAAACAAUGACUUUAGAGGGUAAUGUCAUGAGAUUGAAACAUGAAGGCAAAAAAGGAGCCUCAGAAGAAAAAACAAAAUAUUCAAGAUUAAAUGCAGAAAGAGAACAUCAGCAGGAAAAUGUGUUUAAGAAGGGCGAGCAGCAUGAAAGAUUUUUUUUUUCAAGGAGAACAAAUGAAUCUGAUUCUGCUUUCCUGCCCAAGAAGUCCCGACUGCCUGUACUCCUAAGAUCAUCCAGACCACUAGGAAAUGUGCCUUUGAAACUUCGUGAGCGGAAAUCAGAUUCACAACUACAGCAUCAUACCAGGCUACCUUAUGAAGAUCUGAAAGCAUCUGAAGUACAAAACAAACAAUUCCAAGCACAAACAAAUGGAGAGUUACUAUUGAGCGAAUCGGUAACUGAAAACCUUGAAGAAGAGCCUGCAGAGGAAAGCACAUUAGUGAGAGUCACCUCAUUGAUCAAACUGGAUGAUAGUGGGGCCCAGGUUGACUUGCAAGACGGUGAAUUGGAUACAGGGGUCAACAGUGAAUAUCUGCUGUACAAAAAUCAGCAAAACUGUCAAGAAAUGGAAAAUCAUCAUAACAUUAGCAAUGUGAAUAUCCAGCCUUCAUUAAAAGAGAUAAAUGAAGAGUUUUAUUCAAUGGAACAUGAGGACAUUGACUCAGCCACUGCAAAUUCAGGUUCCAAGUGCCUGCGUUCUCUUAAAUUGAGUGUAACAAGUACAGAUGCACUUGAUGACUGUGAAGUCCUAGAUGACAAAGAAGAAUUGAAACAAAGAAUUAAGAAUAUGAAGUCUGAGCUCGAAAAGUACAAAAUGUUCGUGUUUCAUUUACAGACCUCUGACCAGCUUGUAUUGAGUGGUAUUUCCAACAUAUUUUUGAGUGACACAGCCUUGCCUGUGGAAGGGCAUGUUAUGCAAGGGCAAGAUACAGCUAUGCAAGAAAUCAAACCAUUUUCUAGUUUACAUCAACCUAUGGGUUACGAGAUCCACGCAGAAAAUAGGAAUUCACAGUCUUCAAAAGUACCUGAUGCAUGGACAGCACAAAACCUUAGGGAACUACUCUCAGCAAAUGAGGAAGGCCUUGAAAAAGAGCAAGUUGCAGAUAUUCAUCUUGAUGAAGUGUAUUGUCUUCAAAACAAACUGAGAGAAGCAUUGCCAUCCAAAUAUGAUUCAUUAGUUCAUUCGCAAGCUCAAGAGCUUUCCUUUCAACACCAACAAAUUAAAGAGAUCCGCGGUGGUUGUGUCACUUACCAUCAACAUCUGACGAGCCUUAUUAAAGCUUUUGAGGAGCUGCUUCAAGCCAGUGAUGUAGAUUAUUAUGUUGCUGAAGGCUUCCGUGAGCAGCUGAAUCAAAGCGUUCUAUUGUUUGAGAAGCUAGAAAGGAAAUUCCUGUAUGAAGAGUCAGUAGGUGCCGAAGUUACUAUACUUUAUGAAUUAGCUCAAAGGGAGAAUGAGAAGAACACCACAAUGUACCAGCAACUUAAGGAUGAAUCACCUGUACCAUCUGCUCUUCAUAGCUUGUCUGACUUUGAUUUGUCAGAAAAGUCAUCUCUUGGAUCACCAGAGCACAGACACGACCUAGGAGAAGGACAGUGUGGCACACUGGCGCUUCUGCCAAAUAAGUUUCCCCCAGAGUUAUUAAUAGAGCAUCUUCAAGAAAUUCGAAUCCUGAGACAACGUUUAGAGUACUCCAUAAAAAACAACGAGAGACUGAGGAAACAGCUUGAGAGACAAGUAACGGACAAAGAACUAGAUCAAGGUUCUGCAAACAUUUUCAGCCGUGGCUCAGAGCAGGAUAAUUCUCUGACUUCUGAAGUACAUUUCCUGAGGAAGCAAAAUCAAGUUUUGAAUGCAAUGCUAGCAAAAGGAUCCAGAGAUAAACAAAAGGAAAAUGAAAAGUUAAGAGAAUCUCUUUCUAAAAAGAAUGCAAUCAUUGAGCAUCUUCAUGAGGAUUAUGAAUGCAUCAAGAAAGAAAAUGAAAGGUUGAAAAAACAAAUUGGCAAAAAGGAGGAUGAAACCAAAUAUCUGACAUGUGAAAUUUACAGCAGUCGUAAUGAAUUAAACAGGUUGCAAACAGAAAUGAAUGUGAAGCAGCGUCAGCUCUCUGAGAAUGAGAAGUUACUGCAGUCUCUGCGAACUGAGAUCAAGGUUUAUGAAAAGCUGGAAGAAGCAAAAAUGAAGAGGACAGAUCCCAAAUGCGAUGCAUCAGAAGAAUUUCGAAAAGAUCAGAAUAAUCCAGUUGACUUACGUGAACUAUUGACUGAAAUACAGAGUUUGCGAGUACAGCUUGAAAGAAGCAUAGAGACAAACAAGACUUUGCAUGAAAAAUUAGAGGAACAGCUUUCAAAAGAAAAGAAGGAGGAAGUGGGAUCAGUGUCAGCUGUGAAUAUCAACUAUCUUUUCAAACAAGAAUCUCAGCAUUAUGCAGGAAUGAAUGAAAAUCUUUGCAAAUGCCCAGCUGCCAGCAGAAACAUUUGUGAGCUGCAGAAGCACGGACAUUGCAUUUCGCUAGCAAAAGCAGGUACGCAAUCAGCCUCUAAAGACGAUCUAGACAGCACCUCAUCUUCCAGUACAGCAUGUACCCCUCGUCUUGUUCCUGGACAUCGUAUGUGGGCAGACAAAAAUGGGCGCCAUGUUCUUGGCUUGAUCGAGGAUUAUAACGCUCUGCGGAAACAGAUUUCAGAAGGGCAACAGGUUUUGGAAGAAAUGGAGAUUUCUUUGAGAGAAGUCACUGGUACGAAAGUGCAGGAGCCUGGCAUAAAGGUACCAGACCAGGCAUCCCUGCAUAGCUUUUCUGCGAAUACGAACACAGUACAGCAGAUUUUAGAAGAGGCUGCACGUUUAUUGAAACUUCUCUGGAGAGUCUCCCUUCCAAUGAAAGCUGUACACAGUACUACUCAUGGCACUCAGGAUGAAGGAAUGAAAGCAGAAAUACUGAGAUUACGUAAGAAACUGUCUGAGCAAGAGAAGAAGUUACACAGCACAGUGAAACGCUUGCACUCCACAAACCAGCUGAAGGAAAACAUGGAGAAAGUCAUCAUCGACCAGUUGGUUUUAACUCACGAUGUCUUGAAGAAGGCUAGAGGAAACCUGGAAGUCCCACCACCUGACAAUCAGAAAUCAGCCUCCUAUACCAGCAAAAAAAGGAUUCUCUGAAGGAGGAAGUUCCCGUAAUAAAGACAGACUGGACCUGGGACUGUUGUUUGCUUCUUUAUGCCUUACUAUUUAUUGAUGUAAAAAGGUUCAUUCAGCUCUUUUAAUGGAAUCAGCCUUUGGAGAAAAGAAAGAAAAAAUGACUAAAAAAAAAAAGUAUUUUGGUAAAUAACUUAUUUAACAUUUUCUGUAAUGUAAAAGAUGAUGGUUUUUAAUAUUUAUUACAGAAACAAGGUACUGGAGGUAUUGAAGAAAAAUCCAGAUUUUUUUUUUAAAGUUGGCUCCUUUGAGAUUUUAUAUUUGUAUGCCAUGUUAUGCAGCUGUUUGUUGGUCUAGUCAAACAGGUCCUGAAAGAAUCAAGAGCACGACCCGCCUUCCAAACUGUUUCUCCACUGCUGAAAUUACAGAACGUAGGUUAAAGAAAAAUAGUUCUGCCAGCUGCCAUCAUUUUCUAAUAAUAUGUAAAAUGCUCAAUAUUUUAAAUCAUUUUAAUCUUAUCUGGAAGAUUCUUCUGGAAGCUGUUUGAUUCUGAGCUUUCUCACUGCCCUGUUAGAAACUUAGACUGAUGCUAGGUCUGAAAAUACUACUCAAAAUCAGACAAUUAAUUAAAUUUUAAAAUACUCACCGA